UGGAGCAUCAGUUCCACAGAGCCUCUCCAAAGCAUCUGCAGGACCAAGAACCCAUCUAGAGCCUCUCCAAAGCUUCUCCAGGACCAAGAACCCAUCUAGUCUCUCAUCUCCUCUAAAGAUGGAACAAAUUCCCUCUGUCUCCCUCCUACUGCUGCUGGUGGGCCUCUCUCAGGCCAGCCCUGUGAUGAAGCAGGUAGAUGGACCAGAGAUCAGCAUGACUAAGACAAUUCUCACCAUUAACAACGGAUCCAGGCAGUUUCUUCUGGAGGGGGACAUUGUAACUCCAACAACCAGAAAUGCCAUGAUUUGCUACAGUUCAGGGUGUUUCUGGAGGAAAGGCUCUAAUGGAAAGGUUGAAGUUCCCUACAUAGUGAGCAGUGAAUUCUCCUCCAAUGAGAGGCAUACUAUUGAGACUGCUGUCAAGAACAUCAACUCCAAGACCUGCAUUCGCUUCGUGCCUCGUCAGAAUCAGGCUGACUACCUCAGCUAUGAGCCUAGAGACGGGUGCUGGUCUUCUCUUGGAAGACAAGGAAACCAACAGGUUGUCUCCCUGCAAAGUGGCGGCUGCGUUACUUUCGGCAUCGUUCAGCACGAGACUCUCCACGCUCUGGGCUUCCAGCACGAGCAAACCAGGAGCGACCGUGACGAUUACGUCGUAAUCACCUGGAGUAACAUCGACCCUGACAACUCCUUCAACUUUGAUAAAACACAAACCAACAACCUGAACACUCCCUAUGACUACGGCUCUGUCAUGCACUAUGAUAACACAGCCUUCUCCAUCAAUGGACAGGAUACCAUCACCCCCAUCCCCGACCCCAACGUGCCCAUCGGCCAGAGAGUGGGACUGUCCUCCACUGACAUCCUGAAGAUCAACAGACUCUACAACUGCUAAUCGGAAAGACAUCAAGUCACAGGAGAAAA